AUGGUGAUGUUACAAUCACCUAACAAAACCACGGAUAACAACUCGCCCUCUUUAAACGCCUCCCAAAUGAGUCCCAACUCCAAUCCCGAUUCACCCAAAUCAAACACUUCUCCAGAAGUUAAUAAAUCGAAUGCCAAUGAAAAUAAUACCUCUAACACUGACAUACACUCGCCAACGGCUAAAAUACCCAAAUUCAUUAUUACACCACAAAACAAUUCAAAUCUUGGUAAUAACAACAACAACAACAUAAACAAUAACAAUGUUGCUCCGAAAGCGAAUGAGGAAGGCUUGAGGUAUUCCAUGGAACGUCUCAAACAAUUAACGGAACAACAUCAACAAAGACUUUCACCAAAUACUGAAGAACUGGAAAGUGAAUCACAGAAAAAUUUUGACAGAAGAUCACCACAGCGCAAACUUAUGGAAUUACCACCGGUACGUCAUUUAGCUAGACCGGAACCAAUGCAACAUCCACAUGCGGCUUUGCUGCAACAACAUCCACAUCUCUUGCAAAAUCCUCAAUUUUUGGCAGCAGCAGCCCAGGCACAACAUCAGCAUCAACAGCAGCAGCAACAUCAACAAACUCUACACCAUCAUCAUCACCAACAUCCAGCAUUUCAUCAACAUUUACCGACGGCUGCCGCGGCGGCUGCGGCAUUUCAUUUAAGGGGUCCCCUAAGUACGGCCGCCUCAACAACCUUAACACUACCAUCGCCAGCUAACUCCCCGCUAUCACCACCAACAUCACCUAAUCACAACAUACCACAACAGCAGCAGACAACAAUCCAAAUGCCACAUUCCGAACUACAACAACAACAGCCAACGCAUCUCCUAACAGCUCCAUCAACAAAUCCCUCACUACAACUGUCAACAAAUUCCUUACAACCCUCAUCAUCAUCAUCACUGUUGCUGAACACACAUGGUACUGCAGCUCCAACACAUCUAGUCAAUGGUCAAAUAUCAAUACCUCCACCCCUUAGUGCUACGCAUCUCACAUUAAGCCCUUCCUCCUCAUCGACCACAAUUUCAUCCACAUCAUCAACACAACAUGAUAUAGAUUUGGAAAAAUUGAAAUUGGUUGCUCAAGCCCAAGCGGUCGUUGCACGUUCAUCUGCUGGGGUAACGUUAAAUGGUCAAGCCCCACCUCGACCGGAUUUAAGUGAUUAUGGAUUUAGAAUACAAUUGGGUGGUUUGGCCGCAGCUGCUGCAGCGGCUGCUGCCACAUCAAGACAAAUUGCCGCCGCCAACUAUGCUCGCAGUGAUACCAGUGAAGAGCUUAAUGUGGACGGUAAUGAUGAGGAGAGCAAUGAUGGAUCUCAGGGCACACCGUCGGUCUGCCCCGUUGAUUUAACCCGUUCCGUGCCAAAUUCCAAUGUGACAUCAACCACCACAUCGCCAACCUCAACCACCUCCUCGACAACAACAACCAGUGAUAAAGAGACAACAAAACGUUUGGCAUUUUCGGUUGAAAAUAUAUUAGAUCCCAAUAAGUUCACCGGAAAAAACUUGCAGCAACAUUACAACAAUCAAAGAUGGAGUUGUAGUGGCAGCAGUAACUACGAUCGGGAUGAGGAAAUGCACGAUGAUGAGCACAGUGAAGAUAUGUCAGCCCAUGACCUUAAUGACAUGGAUCAUGAUGACAUGUGUGACGAUGGCAUGAGUGAUAUUGAUGAUCAUGGUAGCGAAACCGAUUCAAAAAAGGGUGGUAAUGGUGAGGGCAAGUCACAGAAUGGUAGUGGUGGUGGCUCCAAGCCACGUAGAGCCCGCACUGCAUUUACCUAUGAACAGCUGGUGUCAUUGGAGAAUAAAUUUAAGACCACACGUUAUUUAAGUGUGUGCGAAAGACUGAAUUUGGCCAUAAGCUUGUCAUUAACAGAGACUCAGGUUAAAAUUUGGUUUCAAAAUCGUCGCACCAAAUGGAAGAAACAAAAUCCUGGCAUGGAUGUCAACAGUCCCACCAUACCACCACCACCCUCAGGCGGUUCAUUUGGACCCGGAGCCUAUGCCAGCAGUCUGCUGUACUCGCACACAAUGCCAUAUCCACCAUAUGGUCCAUAUUUCCAUCCCUUGGGUGCCGCACAUCAUCUAAGUCAUUCGCAUUCAUAAAAUUGUAAGAUGCAACAGAAAUUGUUGCAAAUAAUGGAAAUGCGUAAAUAUCGCACGCAAACCAAAGAAUAAAUACCAAAACAAAAAUCCAAAAUAAAAUAAAGUAAAAUGUGAUGAUA